AUGGAAGCUCCCAAUCAGUCUGCUGUGACAGAGUUUGUCUUGCUGGGACUCUCGGCCCACCCCAAAUUGGAGAAAACCUUCUUUGUGCUCAUCCUAGUGAUGUACCUGGUGAUCCUAUUGGGCAAUGGGGUCCUCAUCCUGGUGACUGUGACUGACUCCCGCCUGCACACACCCAUGUACUUCUUCCUAGGGAACCUCUCCUUCCUGGACAUCUGCUACACCACUGCCUCAGUUCCUCUGGUCCUGGAUGGUUUCCUGACCCCAAGGAAAACCAUCUCCUUCUCAGGCUGUGCGGUGCAGAUGUUUCUCUCCUUUGCCAUGGGAGCCACACAGUGCGUGCUCCUGGGCAUGAUGGCGUUUGAUCGCUAUGUGGCCAUCUGCAACCCCCUGAGGUACCCUGUGAUCAUGAGCAAGGCUGCCUAUGUGCCCAUGGCUGCUGGCUCCUGGUUGGCUGGUGGGACCAACUCCUUGGUACAGAUUUCUCUUGCAGUACAACUGCCCUUCUGUGGGGACAAUGUCAUCAACCACUUCAUCUGUGAGAUCCUGGCCGUUCUCAAGUUGGCCUGUGCUGACAUCUCUGUGAAUGUGAUCAGCAUGGGGGUGGCCAAUGUGAUCUUCCUGGGGGUCCCAGUUCUUUUCAUCUUUGUCUCCUAUAUCUUUAUAAUCACCACCAUCCUGAGGAUCCCCUCAGCUGAGGGGAGGAGAAAGGCCUUCUCCACCUGCUCUGCCCACCUCACGGUGGUGAUAAUUUUCUAUGGGACCAUUCUCUUCAUGUAUGGGAAGCCUAAAUCCAAGGACCCCCUGGGAGCAGACAAGCAGGAUCUUUCAGACAAACUAAUUUCCCUGUUCUAUGGGCUUUUGACACCCAUGCUCAACCCUAUCAUCUAUAGUCUGAGGAAUAAGGAUGUGAAGAUGUCGAUGAGGAACCUGGUGGCUCAGAAAAGCUUCACUCAGUGA